UCUCUUCCUGCUAUAUUCCAGUUCUUGCAUGCACAAAAUGCAUUUUUCCUUAAUACCAUUCAAGAACAUCUCUGGAAGGACAGAUUAUUUCUGGAGGGUUUGUGUAGAUUUCAUAUUAGCAAACCUGCUCUACUGAGCUCUGUUGCGUAAAGGAAGAUUCAGUCCUGAUAGUAGAUUCUGCAUUUCCAGAAUUUAGGAAUGAGGGAUAGAGCUGUGGGAUGAAACUGGAGGUUCCCCCCAUGAUCAGCCAGGCAUCACCCUCAGAUCAGAGACUGUUAGUAAAGAUGCUCAUUGUUUUUCUGAUACAAAUUUAUGUGUUCUGGGAUUGGGGUUGGGCUUCCCCAGCUCACCUGGCCACAGGUGCACUGUGAGAUUUUGGCAGGAGGGAGCCCUAGCCUCUGUCUGCACUGGUUUGGGCAGAACCAGAACUGUUCAUUCAUGUGCAGGGGCGUCACUGCCCUGGAGACCUCUGCUCCUGCAGUGCCACGGGCAGCUUCCCAGCUCCUGGGCACAGGAACUCUGUCUGGAACAGCAUGUGGAGCUUGGAGAUCUCCUUCCACUGACUGUCCUUCUGCCAUGGCACCGAGCUGUCCCAUCAGCCUCAGCCUCUGAAAUCUGCACCAGGACGCUGCUGCUCCUGAAGUGUUUGAGGGAGAUGAACUGGAUGGAAUCCUGCAGGAAGCUGAGUCCACUUAGAAUUAGCAUUUCUUCAGAAUGGGAUAUUUCUCUUUGUGUUGAAAUGAAAUGAUGCUCUGUCUCCUUGGGGCUGCACAGAAGGAUGUGAGCAUUUCAGAAGCAAGUCCAGCAUAUUUAAAGCUUUAAAAAAUACAAGCUUUAGAUAAAAGAGAGGGAAGAACAUUUGGGAUGAAGCUUUGGUAGGGUGCCGGAGGCAGGAUUCUGAGACCAGGAAGCACAUAGGAGUAGAAGACAGAGGGGGCUUCUCCACUCAACAAAGGAGCCCUGUUUCAGAGUGAAGCAAAUGCUUUCAGACUGAAGUUUCAGUGAAGUGCAGAUGCCUGAAAAAGAUCUCAGACUAAUGAAGUGCUUGGAAUAAAAGCUUUGGAGCAGAACUUGCAAGUGCAACCACCUUUGACUUGCCUCUUUCAUUCUGGAGUUCAGUAGCUCCGUAGUGCACACAGUACAGAAGAUCAAGGAGUGGGUAAUCUUUGCAGCUAUUUACUCAUCAAAAAGGUGGUUUUUUAGUUUAAUUUUUUUAUACUUGGUGUCAUUUGCAGGGCAGGAGUAAUAAAAGGUGCAUGGUGACACUAUUUAACACACUUUAAUAAUCUUAUCUGGACCAGUAAAGUGUUCCUGCAUGGCCUGUGUUUUAAGCUCCAAGGAUGAAUCUCUGAAGUCUGCCAUGUGUCAUGCUUUUCCCGAAGCUGCCCUGUGUGUGUCUGGAUGGGUUUUCUAGUUCUGCAUCUGGAUUUCCUGUGACGUCCUUAGCAGGACAGGCUGAGCGUGUGCGGCGCUGUACUGGAGCAGGCAUGAGUGUCAAACUCCUCCUCCUUCCCAGCUCUGCCUCCUCCCCUGAGUGGCGCGGGGGGAUGGGAAUGGGGGUUAUGGUCCGUUCAUCACAGCGUUGUUUCUGUUGCUGCUCAGGGAGGGGAGUCAAGAGUCCUUCCUUGCUUCAGCAGGGAAUCCUCUCGUGGGAGACAAUUUUUCAUGAACUUCUCAAAAUGAGUCCAUCCCAUGGGCAACAGUUCUCCACAAACUGCUGCAACGUGGGUCGGCCCUUCAGCCUGGGGUCAGCCCUUCAGGCUGUUCAGCAUCACUUACUUCGUAGUCACCAGUUUCCUUUGAUUAAAUUACUCACUGUUUCAGCAGAGAGCUCUCUCACAGAUAGUAUCAAGGAGUCAUUAACGUUUGAAAAGACCUUUAAGAUCAUCAAGUCAACCAAGAAGUGCCUGAGAGUACUAUUGGAGACCAGUGUUCCAAAAUUAAAACAUUACCAAUAAAAGGGGGUUUUCUCUGCUGAGGUGGUGUGGCAGCACACAGGUGAUGGUUACUUCCCUCACAAUGGGAUACUGAGUGUCAGUUAAUGAAAGUUUGUAAAGGACUUUGGCAGAACUCAUUGCCUCAAAGGUGUUUUAACAUUUUAAUUUGAUAGUUGUCUUUUUCUUUACUUCUGCAGUGCCAAGACAAGCUGUGCCCUGCUCUUGAUUCCCAAACCUGUGAGCAAAUGGAUUGCUUUGAGAAUGGAAAGAUUUGUACUCAAACAGGCUCCCAGCAGCACAGGGAGAGGUACAGAAAUCCCAGAUUUUCCCCAUUUUUUGUUUGAAAACAUUUAAAGGGAGCUUGGUGUUGCUGUGAGUAGAAUGAACCUGUCAGACCAAGUGUUACAGUUCUAUAUCCAGGAAAUCCUGCAGACACCUUUCAUUUCUUCAGGUCCUCAGCCCAGGCCUCCUCAUUUCAAGCGGUUCAGAGACACUGGAAACAGUGCAGGAAUAAUAUUUUAUUUUUAUAUUGUUUUUAAUUUUGGAUGUUUAAUGAUAUCAAAGACAUUCCAGAUGAUUGCAGAAACAGGAAAUAAUGGAAAUGUUACUACCAGCAGUGGCUGUCAGGUGGCUGAGGCUGGCAGACCUGUCAGACGUCUCCGGAGGAAGAGAAGAUUGCCUUUGGAUUCGGACGAUGAGGAGGAAAAUGCAUUUGAGGAUGAGGAGAAGAAUAAAUCAAAUAAUAUGAAAAGCCGCAGAAACACUAAACCAAUAAAACAAGUGCUUCCUGGAAAGAAGAAGGUAUGGAACUGGUCUUCCUACUUGGAAGAGGAACAGAUGCCAGCUGCUUCCCAAAAGCUGUUCAGAGAGUAUCAGUCAUUCCCACAAGGCCGAAAUGGAUUUAAAGUUGGAAUGAAAUUGGAAGGGGUGGAUCCUGAACACCCCUCUCGAUUCUGUGUUCUCACAGUUGCUGAGGUCCAGGGGUACAGGAUGCGACUGCACUUCGAUGGUUACCCAGAGUGCUAUGACUUCUGGGCUAAUGCUGAUUCCUCAGACAUCCACCCUGUGGGCUGGUGUGAAAAAACAAGCCAUAAGCUGCUCCCUCCUAAAGGUUUCAAGGAGGGAGAAUUUAAUUGGACUUCCUAUCUGAAGAACUGCAAAGCUCAGGCAGCUCCAAAAAGCCUUUUUAAGACCCUCAGCAGUCCUGUCACACCUUCUGGGUUUCGUCUGGGAAUGAAACUGGAGGCAGUGGACAAGAAGAACCCGUCCAUGGUUUGUGUCGCCACCAUCACAGACAUGGUGGAAAACCGGCUGCUGAUCCAUUUCGAUAACUGGGAUGAGAGCUAUGACUACUGGUGUGAAACGAGCAGCCCAUAUAUCCGUCCUGUUGGCUACUGCCAAGAAACUGGAACCCCACUGACAACACCACCUGGACACAGGGAUUCCAAAACCUUCUCAUGGGAGAAGUACUUGGAAGAAACUAAUUCCCAAGCAGCUCCUGCAAGAGCCUUUAAACUGCGUCCUCCUCACGGAUUCCAGGUUAAUACGAAGUUAGAGGCUGUGGACAGACGAAAUCCCAUCUUGAUAAGAGUGGCAACAAUCAUUGACAAAGACAGCCAUCGUGUUAAGAUACAUUUUGAUGGCUGGGACCAUCACUACGAUUUCUGGGUGGAUGCAGACAGCCCUGACAUCCAUCCUGUAGGCUGGUGUGACAAAACUGGACACGCUCUGCAAGUUCCUCUAGGUGCUGAAGAUCCAGAGGGAGCUGUGGGACAGGCGUGUCCUACUCCAGGCUGCCAGGGCAUCGGGCACGUCCGGGGCCCCCGUUACGGAACACAUUACACCUUAGUUGGCUGCCCAUACUCUGAUGUGAACCUCAGCAGAGAAAACCUCUUACAGGACCGGCUGAGUGGGGAGAGACCUUCCUCUGGGAACAUGAUGCAGAAAGCCAGGAGGCUGGAGACCCCUGGCCCAUUGCUGGGAGCAGGGGAGUCUUCUCAGGGCAACUCUUCACAAUCCAGAAAAUCUGCACCAGACAGUGAAAAGUGGUGUCAAAGCAGCAUCCACACUCCAUCAGAGCAAUCAGAAGACAGUCGGGAGAGAGGCUGGGGAGAGGAGGAUUCCUCUGCAGCCAUCAAAGCCACACCAAAAACGCUCGGGUGCUCACAUACCUACAUCAAGUUUCAGCUGGUGAAACAGGAAAGCAAUGGGAAAGGCCCUGAUUUGGAUCUCCAGCAGGCCCUCCACCAGUCUAUCUUCAUGCCUUCCCUGGCCUCUAACCCGACCCAUCGCCUCCAUCUCUUCUGGGAGCAGCACUGCAGGCUCUUGCCGGAGGUCUCGGGCCUGACAGCCAAACAAGUUGCCAAAUGGACUGUGGAGGAGGUGGUGAGUUUUAUCCAGCGUUUACCUGGCUGCAAAGAGCAAGCAUCUGUGUUCAGGGAAGAGAUUGAUGGUGAGGCCUUCCUGCUCCUCAAGCAGAAUGACAUAGUUAAAAUACUCAGCAUCAAGCUGGGCCCUGCCCUGAAGAUCUACAAUGCCAUCCUCAUGUUCAAGUCUGCAGAAGACAACUGAGAAAAGGCCUUUGGCAGAUCCAGGAGGAAUUGACAGGGAAUGGAUCUUCUGCUAUAAGCAUUACAACACACCAGAGAGGUGGAUUGGGACUCUGAUGCAUUUUAAGUAGAAUUUAGUAAAAAUGGUUUGUGGUUAUAAAAAUCCUGCCACAGUCUGGAAUAUGGGGCAGCUUCACUUCCAAGAAGAGGAUAUUAUUAUAUUUUGUAAUUGAAUUGGUUUUGAUAUAUCAAUCUCUUUUUGAGAUCAAGAAGAAACCUCCAGUUCUAAGGGGAAUCCAGGGUAGCACUGGUGGAGCUGCAGGAGCAAGAAGAAAGUUUUGAGUAAAACUGGCUUUGUGUCCAGUUAUAGUGCCUGAAAAACUGAGUGAUCACCAGCGAGAUUAAUGUGUUUUGUGUAAUAAAAAAGAGA